UAAGUUAGUUUGCUCAAAGCUGCCUUCUAGCCAUUCGCUUCUUGCAACUUCUCUUGGGAGGCAAAGGUUUCUUGGACCUCUCUUGUCCAUGGGCAAUAUAUAACCAGAUCUGUAGCAGAGCAUACUUGCAGAUCAUCCAUAGGUGUGUGUUCAAUUUAUCACUUGUUCUUUACAUCGAUACACAAAAGCUUACAAUCAGCAUGGGAGCUGGAACUUCUAAGGAGGAGGUCGCAGAGAAGAUCACUGAAGAACAGGUUGAGCUGCAGAAUGAACAGGAGAGAGAAGUACCAGGAGAAGUGGAGGUGGAUGAGGAUGGAGCAGGUGAUGCAAAGAUGUUACAAAAGAACGGUAAUGUUGCCAUUGUUGAUGGGUCUGGAGAAGAUGAAGAAAUAAAAGCCGAAAAUAUUAAAGUCGUUGAGCAACAAGAUCCUUCAAAUGUGAUCAUGAAUGAAGAGUCUGAACAAAAUAUUGAAGUUGUAGCCAGUGAUCCAACCCCUAAAGAUGACAUAAAACAAGAUGGUGAAGGGGACUCUCCAGAAGUCACAACACCAGAAUCAGACGAUAAAGGACAGUCACCAGAACAAACAAAUGAAAAUCAGUCAAAUGAAGUGGGGUUCAAAAAAGUGUUUAAAUUUGUUGGCUUUAAAUUCACUGUCAAGAAAGAAAAAACAGAGAAGUCUGACCCCGUGCAGCUUUUGACAGUAAAGAAAGAUGAAGUAGAACUAAAUGGCACAGAAAAUCAUGAAGAACAAAAAGAUACUACUGAUGAAGGCAAACAAGAAGAAGUGCAACAAGAAACCCAAGAUGUUAACCAAGAGGCAACAAAAACAGAUGCUGAUGCACAAGGCGUUGAAAGUUCAGAAGUGACUCUUGAUGAGAAGCCAACAACAGAGGAAGAAGCUAAUGUUGAAAAAGAAGAGAAAAAAUCACCAGAGUCACCAACAAAUCCAGCUGUCACUGAAACUUCUUCACCAUUCAAGAGGUUUUUCACUCAGGGUUGGGCAGGACUUAGGAAGAAAACCAGCUUGCGUAAGUCAAAAGAAGAGGACCAUCAAGAAGUUGAGAAGCAUUUAAGUGAAGAACAAGAAAAAACUGAGGCUGAAGAACCUGCAAAGCAAGAGGAAAUGAUUGAGAAAGAAGCAGUAACUGAAGUUCAAUCUGCAUCAGAGGAAGCAAAGGAGCAUGUAAAGGAAGAAGUAAAGGUAGUCUAUGAAGAGGAAGCCAAAGCUAUCGAUGGAGAAUCAACAUCAGAGGAAUCAUCUGCUAAAGAAGAAAUUAAAGUGGAAGAGACUGGGAAAACAGAAGACAAUUCGAAUGUAACAGAGAACACUGAAAGUUCCAUUAUAGUAGCUGAAGAAACAGUUACUUAUGUGGUAACUGAGUUAAAUGAAAUUCAGACUGAAUCUGAUACGAUAAAAGGCAUCAUUGUCAGUGAAGUAAAUGAAGUUAUCGCUACUGCUACCCUGGCAGAUGCAGAAGAACCACUUCUGGAUAAACCUGAUUCUGAAUUCUCUGACAAAGAUAUAAAAUGUACAGAUGAUUUAGUAGAAGAAAAGCCCCAACUUGCAUCAAGCACCGAAUGUUCAGAACUGGAAAAAAGCCCGGAAGCUAUCACAACAGAAGCAGAACUUUUGUCUUCACAAGAGAAAGCCAGACUUCAAGGCAGCCCAUUAAGGAAACUUUUCAGUGGCUCUGGUUUAAGGAAGCUGUCUGGAAAGAAGCAAAAAGGAAAAAAGGAGGAUGACAAUAAAGUGGAUGAUGUGGCUGAACAAACACCUGCUACAUCACAGUCCCCAGAAGCUCCUGAAACAGAUAAUGGAGAUAGCUCAAACUCUUCUCCUGACAAAUCAGGAGAGACAUCUCCUACAGAUAAAUUAUUAGAAGACACACAGCAGACUACUGAAACAGAAGGUGAAGGGGCCACUUCUUCUGAUGGGGAAAAAAAGAAAGAUGGCAUUAUACCAUGGGCCUCUUUUAAAAAACUAGUCACCCCCAAGAAACGACCAAAAAGGCCAUCUGAAAGUGAUAAAGAGGAUGAUGUAGAAAAAGUGAAAAGCUCAACUAUGUCUUCCACUGAUAGUGCUGCAUCAGUGGAGAAUCAGGAAGAAAACAAAGAAGAUGAUGAACAGAAACUUGAAAAAAGCACAGAGGAGAAUAAGAAAAAGGUUGACAGCUCUGUGUCAUGGGAGGCCUUGAUUUGUGUGGGCUCUUCCAAAAAAAGGACUAGGAAAACCUCUGAUUCAGAUGAAGAAGAAACACAGAAACCUAUUGAAGAAAGUAAAAAUGCAGAUGACAAUGCAGGAGAUACCAAAGAAUCAAAUGUUGAGAAUCCUCUAGUUAGUUCCCAGGAAAAAGAACAAGGUACUAGCUCACCAGAGCAGGUUUCCAGUCCUACUGAAGCCGAUGGUGUAUCAACCUGGCAGUCCUUUAAAAGGUUGGUAACCCCAAGAAAAAAGUCAAAAUCUAGAGUUGAAGACAAAACUGAAGAGCCUGUGUUGACAUCCAGUAUGGAGCAGUCUACAUCAGAAGGUGAAGCUGGGAAAGAAGAAACCUGGGUCUCAUUGAAAAAAUUAAUCCCUGGACGUAAAAAAAAGAAAUCAGAUGGCAAACUGGAUCAAGGCCUACUAAAUGAAACUGGGCAGCCAAUGUCUAAAUCAGACACUACUGAGGAUGAUUCAGAUGAGCCAGCUGUUGUUCCUUUGUCUGAAUUUGAUGCUGCAGAGCAAGAAAAGCUUGAAACACAGCAAUCUGUGGAUACCAGUAUUCUUAAAAAUGUCCCUGGAGAUAUGGCCCCCGAGCAACCAGUUGAUGAGCUAGUCCAUGCUGUCACAGUCACUGUAAUUGAGGGUGAAAGAGCAGUGACAAACCUAGAAGAAAGGUCACCAUCAUGGAUAAGUGCAACAGCUACAGAAGUUCUUGAGCAAGUCAAUGAAUCUGAAGAGUCCAAAACCAGAGAGCACUUUAAAACAGAAGUUACAGUUGAGGAAAGCGUUAUAAAUACAAUUUCGAACCUGUCAGAGGCACAACAGACUGUGAUAAAUGAAGUGGAAUUAACCUCAGAAGCUUUGACUGCUCUGGAAGAGGCAAUAGAAAACUCAUGUGUUGAAGAAACAACUGAAAUGGUGUCUGCAGUUUCUCAGCUUGCUGAAUCGCUUGCCUCUACCGAAGAAGCUACACCUGUGCUAGAGGAAGAUGAAAGUACAAAGAAUUUGGAAGAGCAAAAGAAACACACUGAUCAAGUUCUCCAAGAAGUUGCAGAAAAGACAAAACUGUCAAUUGAUUCAUUAUUAGUGAGCGACAAUAAUACAGAUGUCAUCCCUAAGUUGUGCCAGGUUGUGGAAUCUGAAGUCAGAGAGAAUCUUUUGGAACAAGUUACAUCAUCAUUGCAACAGGUGUCUCCUGUUAUAUCGCAAAUAGAAGUAAUUGAGACCAAAGAAACCCAAGACCUGCAGAAGACUGUUGAGAUAAGUACAUUCAAAGAAUCAGAAAGUCUAAUCAUUAACAGUACAAUAUUUAGUACAUUGGAAAAGGUAGAAGCUAUUCAAGAAGACAGUAGACUGGAAAGUGAAAUGAUGGAAGCUAGUCAGAUUGCUAAAAAAACACAUGAAACAAGUUCUUUUAUUGUUGAUGAAAGUGCUCCUGUGUUACUGGAGGAAACCUGUGAAGAUAGUUCUCCCAUUUCAGCCAGUGGAAAUGCUGAGGGUUCCCCUAUUUCAGAUGAAAAGCAAGCUGAGGAAGGUGCUUCAGUGAUGGUUAAUAUAGUGACAGUUGAAGAUGCCCCAGUUUUAGCUCAGGGGCAGGCUAAAGAAGAUAUAUUUGUUGAACAGCAAGUUGGUGAAAGUACACCAGAUAUUUCAGAAGAAGAGAAAGUUGUUGCAGGUGCAGAAGAGAAGGUUGAUGAAAGUUCUACUGAGCAGGCUGAUGGAUUUGCUGAACAGGAGGCUAUUGCAGUAGAAGAAAUAAAGAAAGAUAUCCUGAAUCAGACUGAAGAGAAGAUUGAGAAUGUGGUCUCUGAUGUACAAAUUGAAGAAAGUGCCCUUAUAGAAAAGGCUAAAGUAGAAGUUCCAGGUUUGGACAGUGAUCAGACUGAAAACAGUGCCACAAUUCUGCCCGUGGAACAUGAUGACAAAGAUGCUCCCUUGACUGCAGAACAAGAACUAGUAGAAAAUGUUAAAAGUUCUUCCGUGUCAGGGCAUGAAUAUGAUGGAGCACCUGUUUUAUCUGAGAAACAGGUGGAAGAAAACAGUCCUGUUGCUGAAAACCAGUCCAAUAAGACUAUUUUGAUUGAGAAAGAGGCUAACAAUUAUGUUCCAGUCCUGGUUGAGAAGGCUGACUUAACAGAUUUGACUAAGGAUCUUUCUUAUGAAGGUGACACUGUUUUGGAUGAAAAGCGGGCUAAUGAAAAUUGUCCUGUUGCAGAUAUCGAUGUUUUGGCUGAGCAGUCGGUUGAUAAAAGUACCCUUACUUUUACUGAGGAGCAGAGUAAAGACAUUGUUGAUGAAGUAACCCCUGUUUUGACUGAAGAAAGUGCUGAUGAAAGUACCCCUGUUGUGACCGAUGAAGUGCUUAAUGUAGACAACACUAUUUCAGCUGAAGAGCAGGGUGAUGAAGGAACCCCUAUUUUGACUGAAGAAAGGGGUGAUGAAAGUACCCCUGUUGUGACUGAUGAAAUGCUUAAUGUAGACAACACUAUUUCAGCUGAAGAGCAGGGUGAUAAAGGAACCCCUAUUUUGACUGAAGAAGGGGGUGAUGAAACUACCCCUGUUGUGACUGAUGAAAUGCUUAAUGUAGACAUCGCUAUUUCAGCUGAAGAGCAAGGUGAUGAAGGAGCCCCUAUGACUGAAGAGGAUGGGCUUGCUUUGUGUGACAAACAGGCUGAUAAACAUACACCAAUUUUGGCUGAUGGGCAAGCUGAACAAGAUACCUGUGUUCCGACUAAGGAUACAGCUGAAGAUAGUGACCUUAUUUUUACAGAAGGACAAGCUAAUGAAUGUACUUUUAUUUCUGAGGAACAGACUUCUAUAGGUGUUCCUGUUUCUCUUGCGAUACAAGCUGAUGAACACACCUCAGUUUUACCCAAAAAUCAAGCUGAUGAAUGUAUUCCUAUUUUGGAGGAACAGACCAAUGCUGUAGUUCCAACUUGCGGUUGUGCUGCACCCGAGGAACAGAUUACUGAAAUUGUUCAAGAUUUAGCUGAGCAGCAAGCUGAUAUAACUGAUAACAUUUUGGCUGAAGAACAUUCUGAUGAAAUUGCUCAAUAUUUACCUGCAGAUCAAAAUCAAGAAAGUGCUCUAUUUUCGGCUGAUGAACAAACUAAAGAAUCAACCCUUGUUCUAACUGAAGAGCAAACUACUCCAGUGCAAGUAUGUACUCAAAUCUUGGAAGAUCAGCAAGCUGAUCAGAAGAAUAAUGAAGUUGUCCAUGAUUCUACAGAGGGAUGCUUUGUUGAACUGGAAAAGAACACUGCUGAAUCUGUAAUAAAAGAAAGUUAUUCUCUUCCAACUAAAGUAGAGUCAGAUGGAAGGAUUCAGGAAAGUCAGGUGUCAGAAGAAAGUGCUCACAUUUUAGAUAAUGAUCAAAUACAUGUUUCCAUUCAGUUAGAUAAAAAAGCUAAUGAUAACAUUCAUGUCCCCAGAGAAACACAAAAUCUAGAAGCUGAUGCUUCUUUGUUGCCAAAAGAAGAAACCAUAGAAAAUGGUAUUAUUUCAGUGGAGGAACCGUCCCAAAAUUCUUUGUCGGAACAUAACCCUCAGAGUCAAAUGCUAGUUGCAGAAAAAGAGCCAGGUUUAGAAGAGGAUUUUACACCAUCAAAAACAUAUGAACAUGUAAGCAUGCAUGAAGAAGAACUUGGUAACAAUAAUGAACAAUCACGUGUCCCAAAUAUAGAACAAGUUAUCCACUCCAAUGUCGUUGAAGAUGAUAUUGCAGUAGUGGGCACAGAAGUUGUUAGUACCAAUAUUCCUGAGUUUGAAAGCUCUGAGGCCAACAAGGUCUCUGAGCCAGUUGCUGCUGCUGCAAUUGAAGAACAAGUCUUAGAAGAGACCGUAAAACCCAUUGAAACUUCACCAGAAAGUGUUCAGCCAUCUAAUGAAGCUGAUAAUUCCACUCUUGUUAGUUCUGAAGACCACAAAAAAGCUUCUGAAACUUUGGAUACCGUUCUAGAUUCUGUUUCUCAGAAGGCAGCUUCCAUUGUUGAUGCAGCAAUUGAAGCAGCCGCUAGCUGUCUAGUUGUGGAUGUUACCAACCAUAAUGACAAAGUAGAGGAGGGAGCUGCUACUGUUGAUGGUAUUUUAAUUUCUCACGAAGAACAAUCUAUUCAGACAGUGAGAAAUGAACAAAAUGAUGUUUCCCAAAUUGUCACCAUUGAGUCACAUAGUACUUCCAUUGUACAAACAAUAAUUGAAACGGCAGUGGAAACAGUUGUAAGUGGUGUGCAAGCUAAAGAGGAUGACGAUACUCUGAAAACUCAAAUCCCAGAAGAACAAAGCAUUUCUGAAGAUCCUGAAAGUGUACCGGUCUCUGAAUUGUCUAAGGAAGAAAUAGAGUUUAAACAGGAACACCAUGACUUACCUGCUGCUAAGCCAUCUUCUACUGAAGACCACUGUACUACAGAUUCCACUUUGAUUGUUGAGCAAGUUACCAGGGAAGUAUCUGAAUCCACCAGAGUUGUUAGUACAACUACUUUCAGAGAAUACCAAGAGGUAACAAGCACUGAUGAGCCUCAGAAAGAAGUAUUUAUCACGGGGGUAGAAUUAGAAACAAAUGGCAAAGAAGAAGAGGACAAACACAAGGAUGUGUGUAUGAUACAGCAAGAUGAAACAAGGAAUGAACAACUAGGUCAACAGUCAGUACAUUGCAGAGAUUUGUCAUCAGAGACUGUGCAGACAGAAUCCAAACCAUCUGUUCAAAUUUGUAGUCCAGACGAAAAGCUAUCAACACAGGAUGACUCUUCAGAGGUGAAGGCACAAGAACAAACACAGAACGUAGAAUCGUGAGACAUUUUGCUACACAGCCUGUUAAAUUGAAGAGAUCAGAAUACGAACGCUGCAAAACACGCGAUUCAUGUGGAAUUUCAAACAACGUUAAAGCCUUUCAGAUGAAAAAUGUAAAAACUGACUGACAUCUGUCUUCCAUUUAUAGGAAUUAUCUGACAAUCCUGAAUUGCCAUCAGGAGCUUUAGACAGAAUUGUUCCUUACUCAGAGAUGUUGAUCAGAUAAAGACACCAGGGUUCAAAGCUCCAUCUAUUCUUUUUGAGGCAGUUGAUGCCCUAAAUCUAUCAACUCUUUUAAGGGUGAAAUGAGUACUAUAGUUAAAUAUAACAUUGUACGGAAAACAAAAUUCAUUUCAGAACGAGAUUAGGACUCAUGUAUUAAUGUGUAUAUCUCAGACUUGUGCAUUAUAAUGUAUAUUUCCUUUUCAACUAUAUGCAUAUUAAAGUGGUAAAACAGCAAACUAACCAAUUGCGCAUUGAUAGUUAACAGCAAAUUAAUGCAUGUGAUCAAAACAAUGUUCCAGUCCUUUUAAGUAAGAUCUCUCUUCUGUCCACUGGCUGGAAUUCUUAAUAAUCUAUGGCUAAAAAAGCAAAACCCGAUUGCCAUUUUUUUCUUGUUUUCCAAAGAACAUUUCUGGUUUACGGAAAACAAUAGAAGUUAAUGUUUACAGUGACAUUUAAAUUAUUACCCAAAGUUAUUAUAAAUAAUACAGACAUUAUUAUAUUAAGUGCACUAUAAUUUUAUCAAUACACCUUUUGGAGUUUUUUCUUUAUAAUGUUUCUUUGUUUCUGUUACACUGUAUGUCACAUACAUGAUCUGUGUAGGUGUAAUAGGCACCUGUAUUAUCUACCAGUGACGAAACGUGACUUGUUUUAAAAAUGUUUAGAUCUUUCAUUUUUUUGCUGUUUUUAAUGUUUGUAUUCCUAUCUGGUGGUUCCUACAAAAUAAAUGGGACAUUCCUACAAAUCCUUCUUUCUAUGGAAGUGGCCAUUUCUCUAAACAUCUGGUGAGGCUUACUUGUUUUUUAAAUGUUUUUUUUCAUUAUGCUUAUGUACAUUUUGCUAAAUUGUAAUUUCUAAACUAUAUAAGUUUAAAUAAAAUUCUUGCUUUUA